UCGUGUGCAUAGAAACAAGCAAAAACACCAGUGCCCUCAUUGCUCCGCCACGUAUCCAUACAUGUCCAAGCUGAAGAUUCACAUCCGCACUCACACCGGAGAAAAGCCAUUCAUGUGUAAAGUCUGUAGCAAAACGUUCCAUGCGGCACGCAACCUACGCCUUCAUAUGCAAAGUCACAACAAGGACCAACAUAAGUGUCCUCAUUGCCCUGGCAAAUUCGUGUGCGGCCAUAUGAAAAUUCACAACAAGGACCAACAUAAGUGUCCUCAUUGCCCUGACAAAUUCGCACUGCUACACCGUCUUAAGGAUCACAUUCGGACUCAUACCGGCGAAAAGCCGUUUAUGUGUAAAGUCUGCGGCAAGGCGUUCCAUGCGGCACGUUACCUUUACACCCAUAUGCAAAUUCACGUCAAGAACCAACUUCAAUGUCCUCAUUGUCGUGACAAAUUCGCACGGCAAUCCCAACUUAAGGAUCACAUUCGGACUCAUACUGGUGAAAAGCCGUUCAUGUGUAAAGUCUGUAGCAAAGCAUUCCAUCUGGCAAGCUACUUGCACAUCCACAUGAAAAUUCACGACAAGGACCAACAUCAGUGUCCUCAUUGCCCUCGCAAAUUCGCACAACGAUUCCAGCUUAAGAAACACAUUCGCACUCACACCCGCGAAUAGUCAUUUCGGUAUGAAGUUUGUGGCAAUGCGCUUCAUGCGAGAACCUUUCUG